CCAAGCCAUGGAGUGCCCACCCAGAUGCCAGUAGUGCCCGGCCCACCCGCACGCUCUUUGUUACUCCCCGGAGGCAGCACGAAAGUACCAUGUGAGUUUGGGCUCCUCUCCUAAGGGCUGCCAUUGCCCUAACUGGGCAGUGAUCAGAUGGUGGGGAUUCGAGAGGAUUUUACUGUGGGAGACUGUGUGAGGGGCUUGGAUGUUUAAUUCAGGCGUCUCUGGUAAGCAGCGGGAGGAUACCAAGCCUAUAUGUGGACAUCAACAUUCAAGACAUCUAACGAUUUAGGAAAGCAAGAUGUUCAAAGGAAAGCAAACAACCUGUUCCACUUAGGUAAUAGGACUUGUGUGGAAAAAGGAAAUUGAAGAGGAUUAUUUAACUGGUGAAGAAAAAGACUGAAGAGUUGACUCUUAAAAACUGCCACCCAGGAUUAGACUCAUUUCCUUAGUCCAGUGUUCUGGCUUGCUCCAACACUGGCAACAGUAACCUUUUUCUGGUAAUGUGGUUUCUUUUCCUGGCUUCACCCGGCACAGUUUAGGAGCAUAUUCCCAAGACUUUGCUUUCUGCCUUAGCUUGUUACAGAACUGUCACCCGUGGGUGACCUUACCUUCUUAGGUCUGAUUGUAUUUUCAGCCGGCCUACAUUAUAGGUGAAUCAGAUGUCCCAAUAGACGUGGAGACAGUCACUUCAACCCCUGUGCCACUCUACGACAAUCAGAAGGCACGCAGCGUGAUGAACGAGUGUGAACGGCAUGUCAUCUUCGCCAGGACGGAUGCUGACGCCCCUCCCCCACCAGAGGACUGGGAGGAGCAUGUCAACAGGACGGGCUGGACAAUAGCCCAGAACAAGCUAUUCAACAAGACCCUCAAAGCGUUGCAGUCUGACCGGCUUGCCCGCUUGGCCAACGAAGGGGCUUGCAAUGAGCCGGUGCUGCGCCGUGUUGCUGUGGACAAGUGUGCGAGGAGAGUGCGGCAGGCCCUGGCGAGUGUGAGCUGGGACACCAAGCUGAUCCAGUGGCUGCACACCACUCUGGUGGAGGCCCUGAGUCUGCCCAUGCUGGCGGCCUACCUGGAUGCUUUGCAGACACUGAAAGGGAAGAUCCCUACCUUGAUUGACCGGAUGCUUGUGUCGUCCAACACGAAGACCGGGGCUGCAGGGGCUGAGGCCUUGUCCCUCCUGCUGAAGAGGCCCUGGGACCCUGCAGUGGGGGUGCUUUCUCACAACAAACCGAGCAAGCUCCCGGGCUCUCCGCUCAUCCUCAUCGCCUCCUCCGGGCCCUCCAGCUCCGUGUUCCCCACCUCACGCCGCCACCGCUUCUGGCAGUCUCAGCUGUCCUGCUUGGGCAAGGUCAUCCCCAUCGCCACCCACCUGCUGAGCAGUGGAAGCGGCGUUGGGGUUCUGCAGUGUCUCGAGCACAUGAUCGGGGCCGUGCGAAGCAAGGUGCUGGAGAUUCACAGCCACUUCCCCCACAAGCCCGUGAUUCUGAUUGGCUGGAAUACAGGCGCUCUGGUGGCCUGUCACGUUUCGGUGAUGGAGUACGUCACUGCGGUUGUGUGCCUUGGGUUCCCUCUGCUCACUGUGGAUGGCCCCAGAGGGGAUGUGGAUGACCCCCUCUUGGAUAUGAAGACUCCAGUCCUCUUUGUCAUUGGUCAGAAUUCCCUGCAGUGUCACCCUGAAGCCAUGGAGGACUUCCGGGAGAAGAUUCGGGCUGAGAACAGCUUGGUAGUGGUUGGGGGAGCCGACGAUAAUCUCAGAAUAAGCAAAGCAAAGAAGAAGUCAGAAGGCUUGACUCAGAGCAUGGUGGACAGGUGUAUCCAGGAUGAGAUCGUGGACUUCCUUACUGGUGUGCUCACUCGCUCUGAGGGGCAUGUGGGUGCUGAGCCUCGGGACCAGGAUGCUGAGAAGAAGAAGAAGCCCCGGGACAUGGCCCGCAGAGAUCUGGCCUUUGAGGUCCCCGAGCGGGGCAGUCGACCUGCCUCGCCGGCCGCCAGGCUGCCUGCCUCCCCCUCAGGCUCAGAGGAUCUCUCCAGUGUGUCCAGCAGCCCCACCUCUAGUCCCAAGACCAAAGCGACCACAGUGGCCGCUGCCCAGAAGUCCAGUCAGAUGGGGAGCGCUCAGCUGCUGAAGAGACACGUACAGCGGACGGAAGCUGUGCUGACCCACAAACAAGCCCAAGCACAGUUUGCUGCUUUUCUGAAACAAAAUAUGCUGGUGAGGAAAGCUCUUCCUCCCGGCACCUCCUCCUGUCUCUUCGUUCCCAUUUCAUCAGAACAAACGGAGGAAGCAGAGAAAGAGGACCUCAAGGUCCAGCUGAAGCGACACCAGCCCUCCAGUCCUCUUCCUGGCAGUAAGACCUCCAAGAGACCCAAGAUCAAGGUGUCCCUUGUCUCCCAAGGGGACCUGGCUGGAGGACCUUAUACGCCUUCCCCAGGAGGAGCCCCAGAAGCUGCGGGAGGGAGGCCCGUCACCAUGACACUGGGGCAGGCGUCAGCAGGGGCCAAGGAGCUCACGGGGCUUCUCACCACAAGCAAGCCCAGUGCUUCUGAAGCGGGUAUCUCAGCCAGCCCGGCCCCCUCCGUGGUCCCCAGCAGCACUGCGCCCAGUGGCCUGCACACACUCCAAAACCGCCUGGUGGCCACCUCUUCUGGCAGCUCCCUCCCAGGGGCCUCGUCAGCCAGCAGCCUCCUCCAAGGCCUCAGCUUCAGCUUGCAGGAUAUCAGCAGCAAGACGUCUGGCCUCCCAGGAAACCCCUCCCCAGGGCCAACCCCACAGGCCACCAGUGUGAAGUUACCCACCCCUAUGCAGAGCCUGAGUGCCAUCACCACGGGCACCAGCACCCUUGUCCGUACCAUUCCUGUGGCCACCACUCUGUCCUCCUUGGGUGCCACUCCCAGUGGGAAGCCCACAGCCAUCCACCAGCUGCUGACCAAUGGGGGCCUCGCCAAGCUGGCAGGCAGCCUCCCUGGCCUGGCUCAGAUCUCUAACCAAGCAUCAGGCUUGAAGGUCCCCACCACCAUUACCCUGACCCUACGUGGGCAGCCAAGCCGAAUCACCACGCUGAGCCCCAUGGGGCCAGGAGCAGCCCUGUCCGAGGAGCCCACGGCCCAGGCACUGUCCUCCAGUUCACAGAUUUCUGCAGGCUGGAGGCCAGUAAGUGGAGGGUGCACGCAUCUACCAUCUGGCACCUGCUGCCUGAUUGGCCUUCAGAAGGAUUUGCUGGUCUACAGUUCAAACCACAGUGAUGGGAAUACCUGUUUUCCUACACCUUUGUCAAUUUGUUUCAGUCCACUUGGAAUUUAUUUUUAUAUGCUGAGUGAGCGCCUGCCGCCAGCUCCCUGAAGACGCCAUGCGACCGUUGUCCUUUACCUGAUUAGUGAUGGCUGCUGCACAGUGAGCCUGGGCGCGUGUGCUGUCCUGCUGAGCUGUCCACUUGUCAGGAGACCUCAUAGCCACUUGUUUUGACCUCCCUGCCAACUGUCUUCGGGGUCGGGCCUCUGGGUCUUGUGAAACUGUUGGGCUAAGUGAUAUGGUGCCGGCAAGGGGGGUGUCGCCCCGCAGCCUCUGCCGGUCUGGUUCCCAGACUCCCCAGCUCCUAGGCAGACCCGGCCAUACAUGGACUAGAGGCCCUUCUUCUAGCACUAGCUGUCACCUGCCCUGAGAAGCAGUGUUGGACUGCUUGCUGCAUUUCAGAAAGGAGCGCCUUUUGGAAGUCGGUGCUGCCCCUGUGCCAAGUUGGGAGGUGUGUACGUGGCCGGGGCUGCAGGAAAUUGGACUGAGAUCCCUUGGCUGAGGCUCGGGGUCGCCCGGUCCUCCGGCCAGCUGUUAGCACCAGAUGACCGUGCUUCUCGUGCAGCUGCCUCCUAGUAGCCUGCUGAGACCAGAACUCUUCAGACCCACAAGAGGGCCAGGAGAACUGGGCCAUUAUCUGAGUCCCUCAGCCAUUACAUGUGGGGAGCAGCAGCUUCCAGGAGAUGGAGGCUGGCCCCUUUCUCUUUCAUCAUGCUCUGGGCAGUUUCUGCCUACAGAAAGCCUGCGGGCCCAGAAAGGCUGAAGAAGAGCCAUGAGACAGCAGCUGAAGUGGCCUCAAGGACAUGCCAGGAGGUUCUGCGGUGAAAAUGACCUGGGCUUGGGGCUUUGCAUCUGGCACCUAAGGAACUGUUGAUUCUGGAGAGGAGAAGAAUUUGCCAUGUCAUGGGGGAAGGUGCCCCCCCCCCCCCCCCCCCCCCCCCCCCCCCCCCCCGCAACCUGUCUCCAGUGCUUGGAGGUGAAAGUUAAUGUGUGGGCUGUCCCAGGAAGCUUGGGCAUCAAGAUGACAGAGGCCAUGCUUCAGUGUUUCUGUUUCUGUCCCCUGUGACUUUUGUCUGCUCGCCUAGAAGUGGGAAAGUGAUUGGCAUCGAUGCCACUGUGCAGGGCUCUUGGUGCCAGCCUGGGCCGGAGGUGGAGGCUCCUGGAGACAUGAUCGUGAAAGACGGAGCUCAGAGCCCCUCCUCCCCUUCACAAUACUUGUGUGCAAAGGUAGUUUUAGAUUUGGUGUAGAACCCACCACCCAGGGCAGGCUCCCUUCUCGUCCAUACUCUCGUCCAUGUUUCCAGCCACGGUGAUCAGUCAGGCAACCCAAGUGGAACUCUGCUCAGUAUCUGUGGGCAAGGAGGGCCCACAGCAUACCAUGGCCAGAACUGUGGUCCAGGAUCCUGACCCACAUGCACCGAAUAUUCACACCAGGCCACCUGCGUUCAAUCCAGGAGCCUCAGCUGCCAGUCUGAGUGGCAGGCAGGAGGGGUGCACAGUGUGUGGGAGUCUCAAGCAAGACAGAUGGGGGGUGGCAGGGGAGAGGACACCUUCAACCCCAUACCCUCCCUCCCUGACUCCUGCAGAGCUGGUCUCUGGUGAUUCACGCAGAGUUAGGCUGUAAUCUUAAUUAACUGGUAGGUAACUGCUUUCUGAAAUUCAGGAGGCGUUUAGUGCGUUUGAGGAAGCUAUGAACUCUGAAAGAGACAUCCAUGGGUCAGGGGAUUGAUAACUUCACAGUAGGAUAAUAACACAGCAGCAGCACCCGAGGACAGUAGAUUAAGACUGUGUGAUGCUUUCAGGAUUCAUUUGGGACAAGUGGAGGGUCCUGACCAGGCGUUCCUGUAGGCAGCGCUAGAAGGACUGCCUCUGAGAUGCUGACCCCAUGAGUGCUGGGGCCAGAGGAACAACUUCAGCGUUGUCCUGCCUUCAUGUAAAUCCUCAUACACUUCCCGUGGUGACUUCCCUAGGCCUGGGCUGUACACCCUGCAGAAUGCCAGAACUGGAGAAGGGGACUUGUGAGAACAUGGAUGCUUUUCACCUUGGAAGGACAGGCUAAAGGGAAGUCGCUGAAGUCUUUAGUCAUGUACCCCAAUUCCACACGUCUUCUGCAACGAUACUACUUGAAAUGUAACAGGAAGCUUUCCUCUACCCAUUACAUAGCCGACCUGCAGCCUACAACCUCAGACGGGUACGUCUGGCCGAAAAUGUAGAAGGAUCAAGAAGGCUCGAGUUAAAUUCCUGGAUGACAGAUGCAUACUGAUGCCCUGGGAGAGAUGUCCUUAUGCUUGGAGAACAGGCCGCUGGUGGAGGGAGACCUGUCUGUUCUUGGACCCCCUGACUGGAGCAGCCUUGGGCUGGAUGGAUUAUAGACUGAGCCGCCGUGAUGGUUCUGUUCUGACAUUAGCAAAAACAAUUAAUAAAAACAACUGUGCAUUGCUCUAGCUUGUUUGCAGUUGACUUCCCAUGUUUAUUUGGUAACCACCCAAUGAGGUAGUACUGAAAAUAAAAGCUGAGAUAUUG